AUGCGUUUAGUGGAACUUGUCAAAGUAAUAAGAGAUAGACAAAAUUCAGUUCCAGUUAAAAUGGUAGCAUCAAUGGUUGGUAAAAUAAUAUCCAUGAAUUUAGUGAUAGGUUCUGUAGCCCAAUUAAUGACUAGGAGUUUAUCCAUUGACAUUGUUAAUAGUAAAUCGUGGAACCAUUAUAUUAAUUUGUCUGUUUCAAGUCGAGAACAAAUUAACUUUUGGGAAAGUAAUAUUCAAAAGUUGAAUUCUAGGAGUUUACGUGACGAUUCUUCGUCGUCUAGAAUAGUGUUUUCUGAUGCCAGUGAUUUUGGUUAUGGUGGUUACUGUAUUGAUAUUGAUGGUGCGAUUUCACAUGGUCAGUGGGAUAGUGAAGAAUCUGUAAAAAGUUUAACGUGGCGUGAAUUAAAGGCCGUGGAUCUGGUGCUUAAAAGUUUUGUGAAAGAUCUUACUAAUUAUGGAGUGAAAUGGUUUACUGAUAAUCAAAAUACACAGAGAAUAGCUUUAAGAGAUGUUUAUAAGAAUGAUAUUGAUAUAUUACCUAAUGAUUUAAAGCAUCUUGCGAAUGGUUUACCUGAUUUCUUGAUGAAAGCACGGGCAGAUAAUACAGUGAAGAAAUAUGUAAAUGGUUUUAAUAGAUGGAAGAAUUGGGUUAAUAUUGUCGGACUUGAUCCGUCUUUACCAGUUAAACCUUUUAUCUUUUCACUUUAUUUGAUGAUGUUAUGCCAAUCUGCACAAUCUGUUGCUCCUAUCUAUACUGCUUUUUAUAGCAUUAAGUAUAUACAUGAUUUAGCAAGCUUGCAUAGUCCAACAGAUGAUAAGUUAGUGAUCAACAUUUUGGAAUCCGCUAAGAGGAAAUUGAGUAAACCUGUUCAAAAGAAAUCUCCUGUCACAGUUGAAUUAUUAGAUAUGAUAUAUGAAAAGUUGACAGAAUGUCCUAAUUUGUAUAAUCUUAGAACAAUAUGUUGUCUGUUAUUGGCAUUUGCAGGUUUUUUAAGAUCAGCAGAAUUAUUGAAUAUUAGUAGAACUGACAUUGUAUUUCACGAAUCUUAUAAGUUAUUAUUUAUUGAAAAAUCUAAAACUGAUAUGUAUAGGGAUGGUGCGUGGUUGCCUAUAGCUAAAACUGGUGGAAAAUUAUGUCCAGUGGUGAGCUUAAUUAAGUAUUUAAAUGCUAGUGGAAUAGAGCAAAAUUCUUGUGAAUAUAUUUUUCGUGGUUUGAAUAAAUGUCGAGAUGGCUAUUAG